GUGCUUGAUGCCAACCUGGACUAUGUCCCUGACAUAAUAAAACAAAACAAUCAACUCAUGACAUUCCCAUCUUCCUGUUGAUUUCAUUAGAAAUGAACAGACACUAUCAAUCAGGACAGUUCUGGAAUUUCUGUGUUUUUGAGCUUACCGUAGGAACCCCAAAUUAUUAAAAGUACCAACAACAUUAAUACCUAUAUUGUCUAACUCAGCCAACUUAAGCAAGAUGGCAAAUUGACGAGUACCUGAAUGCUAGCAAGAAGUCCUGGUUCCUACAAUGCGGGAGCCCGGAAUCCAUCAAGCCCGAGAAGCCGGCGCCUCGGGGCGCAGGGAGCGCGGCUGGGAGUCGAGGCUGCCCGCCGCGGAGAGCUGCAGGUGCGGGAGCGCAGAUUAGGAGGCCGAGGCCUGGUCCGCAGCGGGCACGUCCAGCGCCCCGGGCAAGCGUCAGCCCGGUGUCCCCUCACCUUGCUGCCCGCGGAGUCUGCGCUUCGGCGCUCCGUGACCUGCGCACAGCUUUUGUUUACCGGCGGCCGAGGUGCACCAGGGAUCGAAAAAGAAACCAGAACCUCUGUCGCCCCGCAGUUAGGCUGCGGAACGCGGUCCUCCGCCGCUCCCGCUCCAGUUCCGGACGCCGGGCUUUGCAGCAACGCCGCGAGUACCGCUCCCACCGCCGCACAAGCGGACGUCGGGGCGGGGUCAUGGCCAAGCCCCGCCCCCAGCCCAAUCCUAGCUCCCCGCCGGCGGACAGGAAGCGGCUGCCGGCCGGGCAGCUCGGGAAGCGGCUCCAGUGCGCAUGCGAGCGCCCCGGGGCGCCAGGGGAGGAGGGGAGCGCGGGCGGCAGGGGCGCGGCUCGGCGCGCGGGUUGGGCGGUGGCGCGUCACGUGGCGAAGAAGCAGGUGGAGCUCCGGGGCCCCGGAGAGGGGGCCGAGAAGAGGGAAGGAGCGAGGGAAGGAAAGCGGGGAAGGGAGGAAGGAAGCGAGCGAGGGGAGGCACGGCCCUGUUUUGGAGGAGCCGGGCGCGUCGCCGGCCUCCGAAGUGCAGCGGAAAGGAGGUGCCUGGCGUUUCUCGGCCAGGGAGGUCCCGGCUUCCCGCGGAGGCUCCGGACCCAGUCCUUCAGCCGCGCGCCCCGGGUCGAUGUGCUGCUGUUAACCCUGAGGAGGCGGCGGCCGCGGAAGAUGGUGUCGCCGAGAGUGUUAAUUCUGCUCCUCUCCUGGGCGGCGGGGCUGGGAGGUCAGUAUGGAAAUCCUCUAAACAAAUAUAUUAGACAUUAUGAAGGAUUAUCUUAUAAUGUGGAUUCAUUACACCAAAGGCACCAGCGUGCCAAGAGAGCAGUCUCGCACGAGGACCAGUUUUUACGGCUAGAUUUCCAUGCCCUCGGAAGACAUUUCAACCUGCGAAUGAAGAGGGACACUUCUCUGUUUAGUGAUAAGUUUAAAGUAGAAACAUCAGACAAAGUACUUGAUUAUGAUACCUCUCACAUUUACACUGGACAUAUUUAUGGUGAAGAAGGAAGCUUUAGCCAUGGGUCAGUUAUUGAUGGGAGAUUUGAAGGAUUCAUCCGGACUCGUGGGGGCACAUUUUACAUCGAGCCAGCAGAGCGAUACAUUAAAGACCGAGUCUUGCCCUUUCACUCCGUCAUCUAUCAUGAAGAUGAUAUUAACUACCCCCACAAGUAUGGGCCGCAGGGCGGCUGCGCGGAUCACUCGGUCUUCGAAAGGAUGAAGCGGUACCAGAUGACUGGGGUGGAAGAAGCUGCGCAGAAACCUCGAGAAGAGCAUGCUCCUAAUGGUCCAGAACUCCUGAGGAAAAAACGUACGACUUUAGCUGAAAGAAAUACUUGUCAGCUGUAUAUUCAGACCGACCACCUCUUCUACAAAUACUACGGGACCCGAGAAGCCGUGAUCGCCCAGAUAUCCAGUCAUGUUAAAGCAAUUGAUACAAUUUACCAGACCACGGACUUCUCCGGGAUCCGAAAUAUCAGUUUCAUGGUGAAACGCAUAAGAAUCAAUACAACUGCUGAUGAGAAGGACCCCACGAAUCCUUUCCGUUUCCCCAAUAUCGGUGUGGAGAAGUUUCUGGAGCUGAAUUCUGAGCAGAACCACGAUGACUACUGCUUGGCCUACGUCUUCACAGACCGAGACUUUGAUGAUGGGGUUCUCGGUCUGGCGUGGGUGGGGGCACCUUCAGGAAGCUCUGGAGGAAUCUGUGAAAAAAGUAAGCUCUAUUCUGAUGGUAAGAAGAAGUCCUUGAACACUGGAAUUAUUACUGUGCAGAAUUACGGGUCUCAUGUACCUCCCAAAGUCUCUCACAUAACCUUUGCUCAUGAAGUUGGACAUAACUUUGGAUCUCCACAUGAUUCUGGAACAGAGUGCACCCCAGGAGAAUCUAAGAAUUUAGGACAGAAAGAAAAUGGCAAUUACAUCAUGUAUGCAAGAGCUACAUCUGGGGACAAACUGAACAACAACAAGUUCUCACUGUGUAGUAUCAGAAACAUAAGUCAAGUUCUGGAGAAGAAGAGAAACAACUGUUUUGUUGAGUCUGGCCAGCCCAUCUGUGGCAACGGGAUGGUAGAGCAGGGCGAAGAGUGCGACUGCGGCUACAGUGACCAGUGCAAGGAUGAGUGCUGCUUUGACGCCAACCAGCCAGCAGGUCGGAAGUGCAAACUGAAGCCUGGGAAGCAGUGCAGUCCGAGUCAAGGUCCCUGCUGCACGGCGCAGUGCACAUUCAAGUCAAAGUUGGAGAAGUGCCGAGAUGACUCCGACUGUGCGCGCGAGGGGGUCUGUAACGGCAUCACGGCGCUGUGCCCGGCAUCUGACCCCAAGCCCAACUUCACAGAUUGUAACCGGCACACGCAAGUGUGCAUUAAUGGGCAAUGUGCAGGCUCCAUCUGUGAGAAGUACGACUUGGAGGAGUGUACCUGUGCCAGUUCUGAUGGCAAAGAUGACAAGGAGCUCUGCCAUGUCUGCUGCAUGAAGAAAAUGGAGCCCUCUACCUGCGCCAGCACCGGCUCUGUGCAGUGGAGCAGGCACUUCAAUGGCCGCACCAUCACGCUGCAGCCCGGCUCUCCGUGCAAUGACUUCAGGGGCUACUGUGAUGUUUUCAUGCGCUGCAGAUUAGUGGAUGCUGAUGGGCCUCUAGCUAGGCUUAAAAAGGCAAUUUUUAGCCCACAGCUCUAUGAAAACAUUGCUGAAUGGAUUGUGGCGCACUGGUGGGCCGUGCUGCUCAUGGGCAUCGCGCUAAUCAUGCUGAUGGCCGGCUUCAUCAAGGUGUGCAGCGUCCACACGCCCAGCAGCAACCCAAAGCUGCCUCCUCCCAAACCACUCCCAGGCACUUUAAAGCGGAGGAGGCCGCCCCAGCCCAUGCAGCAGCCACAGCGCCAGCGGCCCCGGGAGAGCUACCAGAUGGGGCACCUGAGACGCUAGCGCAGCUUUGCCUUGGUUCUUCCUAGUGCCUACCGCGGGAAACUUCACUCCAAAGAGAAACCUGUUCCGUCAUCAGCUCCAGAUUAGACCUUCACAGACCACAGUUGAAGACAAAGGUGGCCGGAGAGCGUGUCCUCAGACCAGGCGGCCUGGCGGGCCCUAGACAGCCCGAGAAGUCCAGCUUGGGGUGGGCUGGGGAGGGCUGGGUUUUCUUAGGGACAGAUGUUUUUUAACCUGACGGCACAGAGUCCUGGAACCCCGCUGUGUGCUCUGCUCCCUGUUCUUUGUUGCUGCGUUUUCUUCACUUGCGGUCCGAUGUGACUCUGGAUAAACUUUUGUCUAAAUUGAAAUCUAUAUAUUUUUUUCAACUGCCAGUCAGGGCGCGGAGGCUCGGCCACCCCAGCACCAGAGACGUCUCCUGCCAGCGUGCGUGCCGUGUUCCGUGCAGACUGCGUUUCCCACAGCACCGUGUUCCUGUGUGCGAUGGUAAACAGAAAUCGCAAUACAGAUGUGUCUUUGUAUUAUAAAAUUUCUCCGCUCUUAAUGAAAAAUUGCUGUUUAAUUGACAUACUCAGGAUAACCAAGGAUGGUGGUGGUCAGUGGUCCAGGUUUCUGUAACGCUUUACACAGGCAGUUCCGGAGUGAGAAGCAAUGUUCCUUUUCCUAAGGACAGUUGGCUCUUAGGUCAUCUCCCUCUGUCCAGUGUCUGCUGUGUGCGUGAGGGGCCGCGCCCAGGGGCACAGGGGCUCUGCGGAAAUGUCGGGUUUCUGCUUCAUAGUUUCAGCUUUCUGAUCCAGUUCCACUUUUUGAAUCGAUAGGUGACAUUUUAUUCAUGUUUUGGUAGGAAUUAUGUCAAUGAGGUGAUUCUUUUUAUUUGUAGCUCACUUAUUUGUGUUUUCCAUAUAUCUAAAAUAUGCUAAUUUUGUUUCUGUCUGUUGUGGAAAAGAAAUGCUGUGUUGUUAUCAGAGAUUUGAGCAGUUUUCCCCCAAAUCCUCACUGAUCAUCGGUAACCACUAAGAAUGAGUGACCUGCUCCACCAGUAGUUAGGUUGUAGAUAGGCAUCUGACAUUAUUUGCCCUUAAAUAUUUUAACCACAGUGAAGGUGAAACAGCACAAUGUCCCAUUCCAAGUUUAUUUUUUAAGCAGAUGUAAAUAAUUGGCUUUUUUAAAGAAAGAGAAAGCAAAAUAUUAACAGGCUUAUUGCUAUGCAGGAAAUGGAAGGGGGCAUUACAAAACAGUUUAAGCUUGUGACAUAUUUAUUGCUUCUGUUUUCCAGCUACAUUACUUAAAUUAGAAGUAAACAGCUAUGAUUUUCCUGGCUUCGUAUAAGAGGCAAAUUUAGAGGAAGUUGAAAUGAUUUCUGUGUUUUGGAUAUUUUCCUUUUUUCUUAAGAGUAUAAGGUUUACACAAUCAUUCUCAUAAUGUGACGCAAGCCAGCAAGGCCAAAAAUGCUAGAGAAAAUAAUGGGAUCUCUUCCUUGUAAACUUGUACAGUAUGUGGUGACUUUUUCAAAAUACAGCUUUUUGUACAUGAUUUAGAGACAAAUUUUGUACAUGAAUCCCCAGAUAGACUAUAAAUAAUUCUAAACAAACAAGUAGAUAGAAAUGUAAGAAAUUGCUUUUAAAUCAUUUCAAUGCCUUUGUUUUUGGACUGUGCAAAGGUUGGAAGUGGGUUUGCCUUUCUACAAUGGUGACUUUUACUCUGCAAGAGUUCUUAGUAACUUCUUGAGCGUGGUAGACUUCGGAACAUGUACAUUUUUUGCUCGUAACGUUAUCCUGUUGUAGGGUUUUGGCAGGUAUACACUGCCUUAUUUUAUUUUGAGUCUUAAGUUAAAUGUUUUCUGAAAAGAUGCGUGCACUGAACUCUUUCCACUGCAAAUCAAGAUGUGGUAAAAAUGAAAAGACCAAGACAAAUGAGAUCUAAUACUACUGUCAGUUUAAUGUCCACUGUGUUUUAUACAGUAUCUUUUGUUCACUUUGGAAAUUUUUACUAAAAAUUGCAAAAAAUAAAGUAUUGUGCAAAGAUGUAAGGUUUUUUGAAACUUGAAAUGCAUUAAUAAAUAGACUUGAAAUCA